AUGCGAGUCCAGUUGCUUCAGAUCGCCUUAUUGUUUACGGUCGUCUAUGGCCAGUUCAAUCCUCAGACCAUAACACAUGGCUUAAGUUUCGAUGCGGCAGCUGCCGUAAGUCUGCUUUGGAACAUGGAGACUGAGCCUGGUUCAACUUAUAAUUUCUAUCUCUGUGCCGGCGACGAAGUAACAGGUUCAUAUGAUACUCUAUCACAAGUGAUAACGGAUGGUGCUUAUGCUCCUGGUGAUAUGGUGUCAUUUAAAGUCGACCAAGGCAUCGGCGGGAAUGAGCCCAAUGCAUACUUUCUCAAGAUUGUUCUAUCAGGCCCACAUGAGUAUUGGUCAGGGUUAACCUCCCAUUUUACCUUGACCAACAUGAAAGGUACAUUUUCGCCGAAAGUAACAGAUGCAAUCAAGACGAUGCAGCAGCCAAAACUGCCCAUUGCCAUUCCUUGGCCUGCGGUCCCAGACAAUGACCACCUCAUCGAGGCUGCAGAGGUUGCUUCGACCCUUAAUGUGCCGAGUGCCACCAGGGCUUCUUCACCUGAGAAGGUCUUGCAUUUCCCAACUCCAACCGUCACAGGCGAAGCCGAACAUAAUGAGUUGCGGAAGCGACAGGUGGGCGCCGUUGGCGGCAUUGAUGUCGGAGUUGGCGCCGUUGCUACGAUUGACCAGCAUACCGUCCCAUACGGCGAGCAGACUGGGUCGAUAAAGUAUGCUCCGAUGCCCAAGAGCGCUGGGACCACCGUCGCAACCAGGUCGGCCACUCCCCAGUAUCCGCCUUUCCCGUUCUCCAUUGCCACUACCUACCUUGGUGCGCCAACCGUCCUGUAUACAGAGUCGCUCUAUGCCACAUGGACGGCGAACACUAUUGAGAACACGGCUACUCCCGCUCCCGCACCCACAUUAGACAAGAGAAUGCAGAAGUGGCUAGACCGCUGGCAGGACUAA